AUGCGCUACUCUGAAGUCGGACAUCAUUUCAAUAAACACCCAAAGCGAAACGUUGGAGAAAGACUGGACGGGUUAUCAAGAACAAAAAAGAACAGAUCCCUGACAAAAAAUGAGGAAAUUCGCGAUGAUUUGAUCCGCUUUUUCGAAGAAAAUUCGGUUUUGGAUACUCGAUGUAGAAACGAAGCGAUAGUAGCUGGAGAAAUGAAAAGAAAACGAUUGCUUAAAAAGCCAUUUUGGGUUUUACUUCUCAAAUAUGACGAUGAAAAGAAACAACAAACUCUAGAAAUGCGAGAAAUCAACGAGGAAGUGCCGGAUCCUCCCAGUAUCAGCACUUAUCGUCGGAUCUAUAAGGAAAACUUCACGAAAUGGCUUCGCCUCGCCGAUGACAACGCAAUUCUCAACUGCUAUUGCCCAGUGCACCUUCAAAUGGAGCUUUAUACUUCUGCGAUCAACAGAUUCUCGGCUACAGAGCCCAUUACUGACUUCGAUCUUGCUGAAAUGUCUAUAUGUGUAAACUCGGGCCACCGGUUGAAGUGCAUCGAAAAUUCUUGCGAGUAUUGUCAGGAUACUGAAGCCGGAUACGAGCAUGUCAAAGCAAGACUCGAAGAUCAUUUCCACGGCAUCGAUCCUGAAACAGAAGUGACCUACGCACAACUUGUUGAAAUCGAGCGCACAGAUGCUAACCAGAAUCCAUAUAAGAGAGAACAAUUGGUGAUGCAACUGGCGACCCGUGAUGAGUUCAUCAGCGUCGUCUGUGACUAUCUUCAACGGGGCUGUCGCUACAGGAGCUCAACGGAAGACAAUCAAUCACUACGAGCUUUCAAGAGAAUCCAAGGACUUCCGCAAGCAACACCUGGGCAACUGCACCUUUGA